UGUCUGAAACGUCAGAGAGCAGUUCCGUCGAUUUCCAAGUAAGGUGGAUAGUGCGAACCCUGCUUCUUCUCUUCAUUUUGCAUUGGCGUAUUAGCCCAUUUACGAUGCCACUUAUUACAUACAGGAUGUGAACAUCGCCAGCUCGCGGUGACUACCGUGACGCUCGAGCUUUUUGUUUAGAGCGUAGCGUCUGAAAGGGCGUGUUAAAAGCCUCACUGCAGCCACGCGAGUCUCGAGAUUUUGAACUGGUUGUGCACGAAGGGAGUGCCUGCUUCACAGAAAAGACCCCAAGUCAACACCCCUUUUUAGGCUGUUCUGGUGCUGACCACAAGGACAGGAUUUCAUCAUUCAGUGCCUGGUGGUGUAACGACCAUAAAGGCUGUGCUCCUCUUCGUGGAUGGUACUGCGCCGUGUCGUCGUCCCCCUGUUUGUGUGAGUGUGUAUGCACGUGCUGUGAAGAGGGGGGGGUGACGUGACUGACGACCACGGGAAAGAGGUGCACCAUGGGUACUGCCGUGGAGCCUGCAGCGGCUCAGCGCUUCCUGGAGAAGUUUCUGGAGGAGUUCUCGCAGCCAUUCGGGCCCGACAACCCUCCGCCCGUCAACCCCCUGAGCCGCAAGGUCAGCCGCGAGGAGGUGCGGGGCGAGAGCCUGGAUCUGGGCCUACGGCUGCUCGCUGCCAGGGAGGCUCCUCUGGCCCUGAGCGUGUCCCUGUGCCAGGCUGCGGUGGCGGAGCUGAUGAAGAGUGACCUCACUUCCUUUGAGCUUCCACAGGAGCCACCACAGGAAGAGGAGGAGACAACGGCCGUCACCCUUCUGGAGUCUGAGCGUCUGCAGCACCUCUUCCUGAACAAGCUGAGAGAUGUGGCGGCCGCCUGGAAACAGCAGCUGCCUGCCGCCCCCGCGGCCCCCUGCCGCUUCAGCCGCACCUCCGCACACGCCAUCCGCAACACGCGCCGCAAGAUGGAGGACAGGCACGUCACCCUGGCCGCCUUCAACCAGCUCUUCGGCAUCCAGGAUGGCGUGGACAGGCAGUACUACGCGGUGUUUGACGGGCAUGGGGGAGUGGACGCUGCCACGUUCGCUGCCACCCACCUGCACGUGGUGCUGAGCCAGCAGGACGGUCUGGCCAAGGACCCCAGCGCCGCCUUCAAGAGCACCUUCAGCCACGUGGACGACCUCUUCAAGGUCAAGGCCAAGAGAGAGCGUUUGCGGAGUGGCAGUACGGGGGUGGCAGUGCUGCUGGCUGGCGACUGGCUGCACGUGUCCUGGCUAGGGGACUCCCAGGCCAUGCUGGUCAGGAAGGGGGAACCAGUCACCCUCAUGGACCCCCACAAGCCCGAGAGAGAGGAUGAAAAGCAGAGGAUUGAGAACCUGGGUGGCUGCAUUGCCUUCAUGGGCUGCUGGCGUGUCAAUGGCACUUAUGCGGUGUCCAGGGCCAUUGGCGAUUUCGACCAGAAGCCGUACGUGUCCAACGCGGCCGACUGCUCGAGCGUGCGUCUGGGUGGCGACGAGGACUACGUGCUGCUGGCUUGUGACGGCUUCUUCGACGUGGUGCGUCCGGACGAGGUGCCCGGCCUGGUGUACGAGGCCCUGAGGGAGUCUGAGGGCCGCGGAGGGGCUGAGGAGGUGGCCCAGAGGCUGGUGUCCCAGGCCAAGACGGCGGGCUCGAGUGACAACAUCACGGUGAUGGUGGUGUUCCUCAGGGACCCCGACCAGCUGCUGAGGGAGGACACCAGCUCACCAGGGGAGGCGACCGGCGGAGCAGGGCAGGAGUAGACACACACACACACACACACACACACACACACACACACACACACACACACACACACACACACACACACAUAUACACACACACACACACACACACACACACACACACACACCAGGGGAGGCGGCCGGCGGAGCAGGGCAGGAGUA